GUCACAGUCACAGACUGACAGUUUGGUGUUUACAGUUUACUCCGUGAAACUUGCGAAUGUAUCACAUUUUCAUUCAACUUUUACAUAAAUUAAAUAAAAAAAGUGCAGUCUUUUAACACUAAUGUUGAAAAGUAAAUUUUGACCAAAAUGCCAACACAGAAGAGCAAGCUAAAAAAGUCCAAGGUGGAACCCGUGCCAACGGUGGUAGCUCCGGUUCAAAUAAAAUCCGAACCGCUCGACAUUAAACCUCUGGGCGCUUUUGUAGACGACCGGGUGGAACUGAUCCGGCAAGCUUUCACAUGCCUCAAGCCCAAGGAGAUCAAGUGCCUGGUUCCAGAUUUUCUGCAGGGCAAAUCUAUCGAAUUUCUGCAGGAGCAAUGUCUGGAUGAAGUGCUCGGAAUAUCCACAAAGCGACUGCUGUCGAUUAUCAACAGCACCAAGUGUCCCACGGAUACCGAAUCGUCCUCGGACGAGGAUGAGAAAAUUGUGGAACACAUAUCGCUGGAUGAAAUUUCGUCGGAUUCCGAUGUCGAAAUUGCUAAACCAAUAGCAAAGAAAGGCAAAUCAAAAGAUGUCAAGGCUAAGAAGGAGAAAGAACCAGAAGUCAAACCGAAUGAUAAGCCUAAUAAAAAUGGCGGCAAGAAAAGCGAGAAGGAAAUGACCGUUCUGGAGCUUCUGGAGUUGCAAGCUCGUGCCAGAGCAAUUCGGUCCCAGUUGGCUUUAGAACCGAUUACAAAAAUUGAAUUGGAUUCUGACCAGGAUGGCGAAAAUGAUUCUGAUACAGAAAAGACGACCAAAAAGUCGAAUGAUGUAAAGGCAAAAUCAGAUAAUACCAACAGCACGAAACAAUCCAAAUCAAUAUCACCCGAUAAAGAACAACCCAAGCGAGUGCGAUUGAAGAGAAAUUUUCGCAUCCGCCAAGUAGGAGAUGAAGAGCUAUCUGAAGAACCAUCCCAGACAUCUGCUCCGGAGCAACAAGCUAUGCGUAAAUCUAGGAGCAAAUCGAAGGAGAAAGAACCAGAGCAAAAGCCACUGGUUAACGAACAAACGAAAGCAAAAGAAGAAAUUCAAGAAACGAAAAGCAGAGACAGUUCACCGGAAGUCAUUCCCGUUAUACCAAGUCCGGAAACACUAUGCAUAUCUUCCGAUUCUGAGGAUGAAAAAGCAAAGAAAGCCAAAUCAUCAAUUUUCGUAGAUAACAUUGAAGAGUUGGAGAAACAAAUUAAAGAGAAGCAAGCUCAAAUUCCCGCCACAAAACCGGAUCACAAAGAUGAACCGGAAGAAGGUGAGUUAACUGAAGAAGAUAAGUCUCCCCAACGGAACAGGAAGGAAUCUGCAAAGUCGAUUGAGACAAAUGGCGAGAACGCUGUGGUGAAAUCUCCAGCAAAAACAACAAUUUUGGAUCAGGAAGAAGAACUCGACUACGAAGUGCGAGAAAUUUCCGACUCAGAACCAGAAGCAAACAAUGAUGAUUCCACAAAAACCGAAAAAGAAGAUGUUGAAGAGAAGCGAACUGAAGAAAAGGACGAAAGCGAAUCUGAAAGUGAUAGUUCGGAAGAUGAGCCAAAAGACCAAUCUUCCAGCGACGACGAAGAUGAGGAACAUGAUCCAGACGUUGUUGAAAUACACGACUCAAGUGACGAAAAUUUACUAGAACAAAAGCUUGCAGAAGACGAAACGGAGAAAUCGUGGGGUUCGCGAUGGCUGGAGAGUAAGCGUGUAGCGAAGGUGAUGGCUGCUUCACGCUUGGGGAACAAAGUGCGUGAUAAACUGAAAAAGAAGAAGCAAAAAGAGCAACAGGAACAACAGGAACUUGAAAGAGAAGCUGCAAGAGUGGAAUCCCCAGAACCACCUAAAGAACCAGAGAUGCCGACGAAUGUUGAAGAGGGGUCAGUCGAACAUUACAAAAAGUUGGUAGCAAAGGCUGGAGGCGGUGGCGAACGCGAAGCUACUUCGAAGGGAAAUGAAGGCGCCAAAAACGCUGCAGUAGAGGAUGACCAAUAGGAGCGCUUAUCUGUUGAUGUAAGGAUAUAAAAAAAUGGAAUGUUGUGAAACGGGAUGCAGAACCAAAACAAAACAGCCAAUGCGACCAGUAACACGUUUUCUCGUUGUGCGUAGGGUAAAUAUAAGUUCAAAUUAAAAAUAAACCCCUAUGGUUUGCAUGAGGUACUGUUCAAAUUAGCGGUACUUGCAACCUAACAAA